AUGAUAAGAGGAGAUGAUUUAUACAAGGUAAUGUGCGCCAUGGUACCUCUAUAUUUCGCAAUGCUAGUAGCCUACGGUUCUGUGAAAUGGUGCAAGAUCUUCACACCAAAUAAAUGUUCAGGGAUCUACCGUUUUGUGGCGGUUUUGGCGGUUCCUGUGCUGUCCUUUCACUUCAUCUCCCUCAACAACCCGUUCCAAAUGGACUCCAAGUUUAUACUAGCUGACACGCUAUCCAAGGUCCUCGUCCUUGCCGUCCUCUCCGUCUGGGCCAUGUUCUUCAGAAGAGCCUCCUUCGAUUGGGUGGUGACGCUGUUCGAUCUCGCUUGCCACACCUUGCCCAACACACUCGUCAUGGGCAUCCCCUUGCUCCAGGCCAUGUACGGUGACUUCACCCACACCCUCAUGGUGCAACUUCUUCUCCUCCAAUGCAUCAUAUGGUACACUCUUCUCCUCUUCCUGCUGUUGGAAUACAGAGCCGCAACGCUUUUGAUCAAGACGCAGUUCCCGGGACCCACCGCAGCUUCCAUCACCAAAAUCGAACUUGAUGGUGACGUCAUCUCCCUCGACGGCCACGACGUGCCGCUCCGGACGGAGUCCAAAACCGACAACCACGGCCGCAUUUGCGUCCGAAUUCGGUGCUCUAUUUCCUCAGCACCGGAAUCCGCAUUCUCAAACUCCGCCAUCGGCGUUACUCCAAGGCCCUCCAACCUCUCCAGCGCCGACAUCUUCUCCAUAAACACUCCCAUCCGUCUGCACGAGUUACCCGCCGGCAUCGACGGCGGCGGGUACGCCUCGUCCAAUGCGCAUUCACUGCAGCCGACGCCGCGGGCGUCGAAUUUCAACGAGGCGGAGAGGAGCAUGCCGGUGUGGGGGUCUCCUGGAAAAUGGCAGUGGGAAGAGAGACAAGAAUGCAAAGACAUUGGUAUGUCAGAUAAAGAAAUAAGCUUCAGAGACUGCAGCAAAGUAGCAACAGAAAAUGAAGGUUCGUCGCAAAAAGACGCAGUUGCUGGGAACCAGAAAAUGCCGCAUGCGUUUGUUAUGAUGAAGCUUAUACUUAUCGUAGUAGGGAGGAAACUUUCCCGAAACCCUAAUACUUAUUCAAGUGUAUUAGGGCUUCUCUGGUCUCUAAUCUCCUUUAAAUGGAACGUGGAAAUGCCUAUUUUGAUAAAAUCUUCUAUCAAAAUCAUAUCGGAUGCAGGGCUUGGCAUGGCUAUGUUCAGCUUAGGGUUGUUUAUGGCCCUUCAGCCGCGUAUCAUUGCCUGCGGCACCAAAAUGGCAGCCAUGUCUUUAGACACUAUAAUAUGA